AUGUCUUCAGCCAUUCUUUCUUCAUCAGCAUUGCUGCGCAAUGUGACUACCGCCAGAGUUGGGCUAUCGGGCUGUCGUUGGAGCUCCACUGGUGCCAUAUCUGAGUUCGCUUCGCAGCGUGAAUCCGUGUCGCGAAAUGCAAUCUUCAAACGACGAGAGCGCCAACCCAGCCGCGCGAUUUACCUCGAAGAGCAGAAGUCGGCGAGUGAGAGCCGAGGUCUCGAGAAAUUUCACCCCCGUGAUUACAAGGCCGGAGAUAUCGUUGCCCCUAAAGAUAUGAGCCCAACUCAGAUGAAGAAAUGGGGAAAGCGCCAGAGCCCCGGCACAGACGCCUUUGACGCAUUGAACCUGAAGCCAUUGGAUAUGUACAAGAACUUCUCCGUCAUGUCCGAAUAUAUGACCAACAUGGGCCGUAUCAAGCCCCGAACAGAGACUGGCCUGCGACCUGUGAACCAGCGCAAGAUGGCCAAGGCACUCCGCAGAGCCAUUGGAAUGGGUCUUAUGCCCAGUGUCCACCGACACCCGGAAGUCAUCGCGUCCGAACUGCGGGCACGUAUGGAGGGACCCGGUGGUUUCAGUGGCUCUAGGGCCUUCUGA